AACAAACAUAAUUAACUGACACUUGCAAAAAUAUGUCAUGAGUCACUACUAUUAACUUAACUAACUGACCGUCGGACGAUUCCAUUCACGUCAAGCCUAAAUCAGGCAUGCAUGACUUUGUCUAGCUGGCUGGUGCCUAGUCACAGUGCUGAUAAUCAACUUCUUGGUUCCCACUUCCGUUGCAUCGAUCCACCUAUCCUAUCCAUAUACACAUCAUAUCGAGUACGUCUACCAUGGCAAUGCAAGACCAUCCCCUGAAGUUCUGCUUCGUAACUGUGGGAGCUACCGCUUCUUUCAACCUUCUCAUUCAAUCGGUUUUGGAGCAAACCUUUCUACGUGAGCUGCGCGCACACGGUUACACCAACCUGCUGGUCCAGUACGGCAAAGACGGCAACACCCUCUUCGAUGAAUUCCUGCGCCAAUUUCCCCCGGGUAGUGAGGGCCAGCACGGUCUGCUGAUCGAUGGAUUCGACUUCAAUCCCGACGGACUGGACAAUGAAAUGCGUCUCGCUAAGGCCCGGCCCUCGGAAGGUCGAGUUGGUGGGUUGAUUAUCAGCCAUGCCGGCUCUGGCAGCAUUAUGGAUGCAUUGAGACUGGGCGUGCCUCUUGCGGUGGUACCGAAUCCGACCCUCAAAGACAACCACCAGCAAGAGCUUGCCGAUAUCCUUCAAGAACAGGGCUAUCUCAUUGCGAGUCACUAUCAGGAUGUUGCGACAGCAGUCGAUCGGGCUGAACGCCUGCGAGUUCAGAUGGCCAAGUGGCCGCCGGUCUCCAAGGCCCAGGAAAUCCCUCCGCCGAGCCUAGAUCAAGUCAUGUCUGACGAAUUGGGCUUCUUGGAUUGAUUGUUUUUCAUAGCCCAUUAUCUCUUACUCCUCAUCGCAAAUGAACUGUUGUUGAGGAACGAAUUGCCAUGGCGUUACAAGGCUUGGGUGCUUUAGUAUAGAAGAGGAAUGGAAUGGCUUUGGAAGGUUGCAAUCACCAAUGGCGCAUUAGCAUUCAUAGUUGAGGACUUGUUAUUUAGCUCCGCUAAUGAUGAACACGUUUAUCAUUUGUUCAUCCUCUCAAAUUGAAACCGGAGGUACUUAGUAUGAAAAAAGGAUAGGAGAAUGGGGUGGCUAAAGAGAACUUGAAGUUGAGGAUUGGUGGUGGAGUGGCCCAAGCUUCUCCGCGCGGGCAGAUCCAACUAAACCGACUGG